UUGGACAUGGCCCGGUACAUGAACUUCCACCUGAGCGGGGGGAGGGACGAGGCCAGGCGCCUGGUGGUGCCGGAGGACACCUUACGACAGACCCACACGGCAGACGCCAUCGUGCCCCCGUACAGCGACAAAGUCGAACCGUACUGGCCAGUCGAAGCGUGGCUGACGCAAGGCUAUGGGUUUGGCUGGGUUACCGGCUCCUACAGAGGCUACAGACGAGUUCAUCACCGUGGAUCUAUGGUAGGCUUUACAUCACUACUGUCCCUCUAUCCGGCCACAUCAGGAGGUGUCUUCACAGCCAUCAAUAACGCUGACGACACAGGGGCCAAUGACGUCCACGAUACCAUUCACUACCACGUUGCAGAUAUUCUCACAGGAAAGACCACUGGUUGAAUUCCACAACGGCCUGCACGUAUCCUGGACCUUGGUGGACGAAACGACAGACCAUGAGGACGUCGACAGUCGGCCCUAAAAUCUCGGACAACUUCCCGCGAGACAAACGUGACUACGAAGGAGUCUACGGCAACCGUGCGACAGGCAACCUGACCAUCAGCCUGAACACGACCGACGGCAACUUAUACUUUAGUCUUGGUCUGAUCGGACGGGGUCUAGUUCUCCCUACCGACUCUCCUAACCGCCUUAUCCUCCGGGCUGGAGAACCUUUAGUAUAUAUCCCCAACAUUGUUGCCGAUGUAGAAGACAAAGAUGAUGACAUCUUUUCUCUGCAACUAGAAAGCUAUCCUCCUGAACCCCCUAUCGUAUUCGAACGAGGCCUGAAGCUGACCGACCCGGACCCUACAGAGCCGAAAUGGGACGACUGUACCGUCGUCUCUGGCUCUUCGAACCGCGAAGCUUCGAGUAACAUAUUCAUGAUUUUGAUCCUUUUGGCUCUGUUUACCACCUAAUCUGAUUCACAAAAGCAGAAGAAGAUCAAUGGGCCCCUUUUGGAUGUGAUAUGUUUCCUAAGUCACCGACACUAAGUCACCUGUCAUAAUGAUAUUUUCAUAUGUGCUAAUGACACAAAUAUAGUAACUAUACUUAUCUCCUUGUCAAACAUUACAGGGAUGUGGAACCGAAUGAAUAUAGGACUUAAAAUCAACUGAGCUAUCAAUGAUUAUACAGAGAACUAGAGUUACACAACUUCAUACCUUUAUGACCAACUGAUUAUGAAUGUUUUACAUUGAUUGAUUAUGCAAAUGUAUGAAUUAUCUAUCUCCUUUUGAAAUAAUGUGCGAAAUCGACGUACGAAAAAUAGAUGAUUUGUCAAGCAAUAAAGCCGGUAUCUUAUA